CGGAUCCGGAAUGGAUAUAUGUUUUUCAUCAGUUUCUAAAGAAAUUGGAAAUUUCAGUUCAUCGGCGUGACCUGUCAUAGCCCACCAGCCUCCUUAAAAACCUAAGAUCCUUCUCAUUCAAGAUGCUUCGUGCAGUAAAUUUCUACACGCUUUUCCUGCUGCUUACUCUAGUCCUUCUGCCCGGUACCUUGUCCUUGGCAAACUGUCCAGCCGGUUGUGAUUGCGACGAUGAUACACUGGUGGUACAGUGCGACGAAAGUCGUCUGGAUGUUCUUCCCAUUGCCUUAAAUCCAUCAAUCCAACGUUUGGUCAUACGAAAUAACAAGAUCAAAACGGUUGAUAGCAGUAUUCAGUUCUACGCAGAGCUACAUUUCUUGGAUUUGUCUUCUAAUCAUCUCCUGAAUAUUCCGCCGAAGACUUUCGAUCAUCAGCACAAAUUACAAGAAUUGCAUCUCAAUCACAAUAAGAUCUCGAUGGUACAUAACAAGACAUUCCAGGGAUUGAAUUCGUUGACGGUUUUAAACUUGCGAGAGAAUAUCAUUGAAGAGCUAGGUCCAAGUGUCUUUGGAGUUCUUCCGAGGCUAGAAGAACUAAAUCUUGGGCAAAAUCGGUUGACUAAAAUCGAUCCGCAAGCAUUCAAUGGAUUGAUGUCUUUACGUGUCCUUUAUCUUGAUGACAAUCAAUUGACAUCUGUGCCAACGGCAAGUUUCCAGUUUUUACCCGGUUUAGCUGAGCUACAUGUGGGUUUGAAUAGCUUUUCGAUGCUUCCUGAAGAUGCUUUCAAAGGUUUGCAAAAACUAUCAGUGUUGGAUGUCCGUGGCGCUGCUCUUACUAAUGUCUCCGCUGGUGCUUUUAAUGGACUCGCAGCAUUGAGGUCACUAGAUCUUUCUGGAAACAGUUUGUCGGUGAUACCUACGCAAGAAUUAUCCGGUCUUGUACGAUUGGAAACACUUAGCUUAGGACAAAAUCAAUUUGAAACUAUUCCUGCUCGAGCUUUCCGGGGAUUGGUUAAUCUGCGGCGUUUAGAUAUUACAGCAGCUCAAAAUCUCAAACGAGUUGAACGAGAUGCUUUUGCUGAUAAUUUAAAUCUUGAAAAUUUAAUUCUGGCCAGUAAUAAACGCUUAUCCGUAAUAGAAGACGGAUCUUUGGCAGGUUUGCCGAAUCUUAAACACUUGGUCCUAAAAGAAAACGCUUUCGAAAGCUUUCCAGAGAGUUUAUUAUCAUGGAGUGAACUUAAACGUUUAGAAUUAACAGAUAAUCCUUUGCUUUGUGAUUGUGCACUCCUGUGGCUGAGGGAAUUGUUAGCCGAACGAAAUUUUACUAGUGCACAGUGCCAUGGACCAAAACACGUUCGUGAAAGGCAUUUACGAACGGUAUCUGCCGAAGAACUUGGAUGCGCCAGGACGGAUCCAAGGCAGCAAGCCAUUGUCGGAGCUAUAGUCGUUGGAGGUGCAGCAUUAUUGACAGCGCUGUUGUUAUUAUUGUACAGAUACAGGCGCAGAGUACAAGAAGCACUCAAAGACUACCGUCUGGGUCAGCGUUCUGCAAUGAGCCGCAAAGAGCAUGAAUAUCAGAAGACAUUUUCAGAAGAUGAAUAUGCAGCGGCUCGCCGCUACCCUCAAUUGCCACCACCCCCGAUUCACAGGCCAGUUCCGGUGACGGAACUAUAGCAGCUAGAUAUGUACGGGCCGCCUCCAGAAGUGUUCUGCGUCGGAGGUCCGCCCGUACAUGGAAACAGCAACGGCAACGGUGUUGGCCAUACAGGCAAUGGCCAUCAUUCGUUAACCGCCGCUCGUAGACCGCCAUCGCACCUGCAUAGCUUGGCGUCCAGCGGCGGCACGUUGCCGGCUAAUGGAUUUUCGUAUUACGAAGGCGUGCAUUCCAAUUCACAUGGACUACCGCCGCGUCGGCAUUUGGCGUGCGGGCGCCAUCCGCCGCCACUGCCGCCUUUGCCGCCGAUGGCGACGGAGAAUGAAUAUAGUGUAAUUCAGCCAGUUCACGCCUAUCGUUAAUAUGCAUUUGCAGCUGAUAUCUUGAAGAGCAAUAUUAUUAAUACGAAAAUUCUCGAUAAAAGUAAAUACGAAAGCAUUCCGUUUUAAACAGUGUGCCUGUGUGUAAUGUGUACAUGUGAAUAACAAAGACUUGCAAUAGACUGAAGUGUGAAAUGAUGUUGUUGAAUUGGUUAGAUUUAGUAAUAAGUGAUGAAAAAUAGACUAUAAAAUGUAUUAUAUAAAUCGAUAUUUUAAUGUGCUCUAUUUAUCUGGAAUAUAUUGGAGCAUAAA